CCAGCAGUGGGUGUUGGACAAACAAGAUCUUGUCAGAGAGCGAUCUCAUGACUUGGCAAUACUGACUGAUGAUGAAUAUCAAAAGAUUUUCAUAUUUUUCUCAAACUUCAUACAAAUACUUGGAGAACAGCUGAAGCUGCGACAACAAGUUAUAGCAACAGCUACAGUGUACUUCAAGAGGUUCUAUGCUAGGAACUCGCUCAAGUGUAUAGAUCCCUUGUUAUUGGCUCCGACUUGUGUCUUCCUGGCAUCAAAGGUGGAAGAAUUUGGAGUUAUUUCCAAUAGUCGACUGAUUUCAACUUGUCAGACUGUCGUAAAGAACAAGUUCAGCUACGCUUACACUCAAGAGUUUCCAUAUAGAUCGAACCACAUCUUGGAAUGCGAAUUCUACUUGUUGGAGAAUCUCGACUGCUGUUUGAUUGUGUACCAGCCUUACAGACCGCUGCUGCAGCUGGUGCAGGACAUUGGCCAUGAGGACCAGCUGCUGGCUCUCGCUUGGCGCGUUGUCAACGACUCACUGCGUACUGAUGUUUGCCUCCUCUAUCCACCCUACCAGAUUGCCAUUGGCUGUUUGCAAAUCGCUUGCGUCAUUCUGCAGAAAGAUCUUAAAUCCUGGUUUGCUGAACUGAAUGUUGACAUAGAAAAAAUACAGGAAAUAGCUCGCUACGUAAUAAGUCUGUUUGAAAUGUGGAAAACUUAUGACGAGAAAAAAGACAUUCAAGCAUUGUUAGCCAAAAUUCCUAAACCGAAGACUCAACCAAGCAGAUAGCCUGAGUGAGAAUGCUAUUAAAAAAUUAUAUCAAUGAUAAUAUCAUAAUAAUAAUAGAUGCAACGAUAAUGGUUAGAAUACAAUACAACGGUUGUUCUUAGAUCAACCUUAUGGAUCUUUUGAUACGUCUAGUUUUUAUAGUUCUCUCCUAUAAUAGGCUACGAUUUUUUAUAGAGAUUAAAAGGCAAUGGCCUUAGUUCCUGACUAUUGAAAGCAUACUCUUAUAAAUUGGAAUUUUAUUCUCUAAGGGCCGUUUGCACAGUCAAAACUUAAACUAAAUUUAAUCAGCUGUUGGCUUAAACUCAAAAUGAAACACAUUAUAACAUACGAUACUUGAUACGGAUUCAAUCCAGUUUAAAAUGAAAUUUAGUUUAAACUGUCACUGUGCAAACGGCCCUAAUAGUAAUAAAUUGUAAAUUCGUCAUAUUCACUGUUAGCUUUAUUAGUUUAUUAUAUUUCGGAAUAAAAUUUUUGACUGAAUUCUAAUAAA